AUGGCUCCUCUACUUGAUUUCUUCUCGGUCCUCGCUGGCUGCAUUGCUACUGUUAAUGGCCAGGCUUGGGACUCUUCUUUGUUCGAGACAUCUCCGCCAGUCUAUCCUUCUCCUGAAUUACAAGGUACAGGCUGGGAGGCUGCCCUCGGCAAGGCCAACGCUUUCAUUGGUGCUCUUACACUGGAAGAAAAGGCCGUACUGUUAACUGGUGCAAAUGGACCCUGUGUUGGCAACAUCUCACCAAUUCCACGUGUUGGAUUCAAGGGACUCUGUCUCCAAGAUGGACCACUCUCCUUAAGACAAGCUGAUGACGUUACUGUGUUCCCUGCGGGUCUUACUACUGCUGCAUCCUGGGAUCGAAGCCUCAUGAACACCCGAGGGGAAUAUCUCGGCGCUGAAUUCCGCGGCAAAGGUGCUCAUAUCUUCUUGGGACCUGUAGCUGGCCCUCUGGGUAGAAGUGCCAUGGCAGGAAGAAACUGGGAAGGAUUCUCUCCAGAUCCCUAUCUCACUGGAGUUGCUAUGGAAGAAACAAUCAUCGGUGUUCAGUCACAGGGUGUUCAGGCCAGUGCCAAACAUUUCCUCGCUUAUGAACAAGAGACCCAGCGAAACACUGAAGGCAUCUUUGAUCCAAAGUGGUUCCCUAACGAUACUCAACAACUCUCUGUUUCUUCAAAUGUUGAGGAUAGAACUCUGCAUGAGUUAUAUAUGUGGCCAUUUUACAAUGCCGUUCGCGCUGGAGUCGCAAACGUCAUGUGCUCUUAUAAUCGAGUCAACUCGUCCUACUCUUGUCAAAACUCUAAGCUCUUGAAUGGCUUACUCAAGACUGAGCUUGGUUUCCAGGGGUUCGUUGUAUCUGAUUGGAUGGGUACUCAUGCUGGUGUAGCUUCUGCCAAUGCAGGCUUAGAUAUGACUAUGCCUGGAGCUGCAUGGAUGGGCCCAAUAGCUUCUGGAAUUCCAUCAUACUUCGGUGCCAAUCUUACUGCUGCCGUCAAUAAUGGAUCUGUCUCACUCGAUCGCCUCGACGAUAUGGCCCUGCGAGUCAUGACUCCGUACUUCUUCCUUGGACAAGAUCAAGAUUUCCCUCUUAUCGAUUCCUCUUCAGGUGCUUAUCCGCAAAUGAACAGCUUCAAUGCUCCGUCCACUUAUGCAUCGAACUGGACUACUUCCAUGGGUACUCCCGAUGUUGACGUUCGUGGAAACCACAGCUGGUUGGUUCGCGAACUUGGUGCAGCUGGAACCGUUCUUCUCAAGAAUACCAACAAUGCACUUCCUCUCAAAGCCCCCAAACGCAUUGGAGUCUUCGGAAAUGCGGCCGGUGAUUUGACAAAUGGUCCUUAUCCCAAGGAUAAAGAUUACGAGUACGGAUGUUUACCAGUUGGUGGUGGAUCUGGUUCUGGCAGAUUCUCUCAACUUGUUUCUCCUCUUGACGCCAUCAAGACUCGCGCUGCUAAGGAUGGCUCCAUGGUUCAAUUCAUCUUAAACAACACACAACUAGCCACCCUAGGAGGUUUUAAAGAUAUUAUUUACCCAGUCCCAGAUGUAUGCUUAGUAUUUAUCAAGACAUACGCAUCCGAGGGCGACGAUAGAACCAGCUUGUCUUUCGAUUGGAACGGAGACGAAGUCGUCGAACAAGUCGCCGCAAACUGCAGCAACACAAUCGUCAUCUCCCAAGCCGCGGGUGUAAACCUCAUGCCAUGGGCUGACCACCCCAACGUCACGGCUAUCCUCGCGACUCAUCUCUCCGGCGACCAAAUCGGAAAUAGUUUGGUAGACGUCCUCUACGGCGCAUACAAUCCCUCAGGGCAUCUCCCAUACACUAUCGCCUACAAUGCUUCAGACUAUGCAUUUGCCCCCAUCACCACCAGCGUAAACUCUACUGCGCCAGGCGCCUGGCAGUCAGACUUCACGGAACGUUUACUCAUUGAUUAUCGAUACUUUGAUUAUCAUAACAUAUCCGUACAGUACGAAUUCGGAUUCGGACUUAGCUACACCACAUUCAACCUGACCAACCUCACCAUCUCCCCCCUUUCCAACACCACACUUUCCUCGAUUCCCUCGCCCAUGGCACCAAACACCAGUAUCCCGGGCGGAAACCCCGAUCUCUGGACUCCCGUCUACCGCAUCACGACUUCAAUAUCUAAUACGGGAAAUCUCUCCGGAGCAGCAGUUCCUCAAUUGUAUAUCACGAUUCCGGAUACGGAUGGAGAGAUGCCGGUUCAACAGUUGAGGGGUUUCGAUAAGGUGACUUUAGAGGUAGGUGGGAGUACGGAAGUGGAGUUUGAGUUGAUGAGGAGGGAUAUUAGUAUUUGGGAUGUAGAGUUGCAGGAGUGGAGGAUUCCGGAGGGAGAUUUUGCGGUGAGGGUGGGUUUUUCGAGUAGGGAUUUGAGGGUGGAGGGGAGUUUUAAUGUUUAG